AUGAAUUGCUUUGAUAAAAAAAAGUUUCAUCAUGUUGAAUUUGAGAAACAUUCAAAGAAAUUCCACUGGGACAGCACACUGAGUGAAAUACUUCGGUCCUACCUUGACCUUGAUGUGACCCCACCCUGGUCUAACCUGACCUUGAGGGAGAUGCUCAUCUACAAAUCUGGGCCCAGCGCGGCCGACAUGAGCACCAUGACGGGGCUGCCGCUGGGUGUGGCACGGGAGGAGCUGGUCAGGCGGUCCCGGUUUCUCCCCCAAGAGGACGAGUUCCGAGGUACGAACCACUACAGCAACUACAUGUACACCAUCGUCAGCUACCUGGCCGAGAGGAUGUCGGGAAGGUCAUGGAACGACCUUGUCAAGGUGCACGUGCUGGACAUACAGAACAUGAACGGCUCGUUCUCCCCCGAGGGCAUGGGUCACAUCGACGCCGCCCUACCCUACAGGUUCGACCCCACCCGACACGCAGAGUUUGAGGUCCAGAACAGGACGCUGUUUAACCUCCACCCAUUCGAAAGUGUUGGGUCUCUGAUGGUUUCAGCUGGCGAUAUUGUCAAAUGGCUCAGGCAUCUCAUCCACGUUUUAAAUGACAAGGGAGACGACCCAGAAAUAAAUCAACUCAUCAAAGACGCUUUUCAAACGUGGGUUGCUGUUCCUGAAGGACACCAGGAAUCUUCUGUGUCUCACGAUUCUGAAGUGGCGGAAGGUUAUGGCAUGGGGUGGUACGUGUCUACAUACAACGGUUUUAAAAGGUUUAAGUUCAGCGGCAGUUUGUAUGCCUACAACUCCCAGAUUUGGCUGUUCCCUGAACAAAAAUCUGGCAUCUUUAUUGCAGUGAAUGGACCAGGAACCGAUCAAUCCCAGUAUGCUCUUGACAGCAUCAUGUAUUACAUCUCAGACAUUGUUCUAAGGAAAACCCCUUGGAUCAACAAAACCCAGCUCUGUCCAAAUAAAGACGCAGAUCCUGAAAUUGACCCUGAAGGUGAUGACGCUGCUCCUUUACAAACUAGAAUAAUCCAGUAUUUAGCCCCAGUUGAAAAUUAUAUUGGCACCUAUGGCCAUGGUAUUGUAGGAAAUGCUGUUGUUGAAUAUACCAGCAGUAAAAUUUUAAGGUUGAAGAUUGGACAGAAUUUAAUUGGUGAAUUGAUACCUGAUGGCUCUGAAAGCAGAAUGAAAUUUUUGGCAACUGGCGCUCUGCUUAACACGGAGGAAUGGAAGGAUGAGAAAACUGUGGAGUUUUUAAGUUUGGAGAGCAACCGUUUCACGAUGGUUAGAAUUCACAUCAAUGAUAAAUUGUUCUAUGAGUUUAAACGAGGUUCGUUGUUUGAAACAAUGCUGGAGUUAGCGGAGGCUGAAGACGAGAGACUUCUACGAGAGCACCACAGUACUGCUACGGUAACAGUGCCCCCCACCACCAAUGACAAUGUACAUGUCAGUGAUGUACAUGUGACACAACCAUCUGUCACUGACUCUACGUCACAUGUAGACGCCAAUGAAAACGAACAUGCCAGCGACCCCCAUACAACUCAACCAAUUGAUACUGACACGUACCCUACAGAGUCUUCCGAAGUCACGGAUACUGUUGACAUAUACACACCUCAAAGCCUUGAAAAUGAAAUCACGAAUGAAAACGACGUCGAAAGCACAGAGCAAACAGGCAGCCAUUUCUCACAUCUAGCCAGCAAUGAAAUCCACCCCAACGAAACUGGCCAUCACCAUGGAGACACAAAACACAUCACCAGCGACUUGUCUGGCCACAACAAUGAAAUACCCCCGUACAAUGUCAACGUACCAGACACUGAAGAAAAAGAUCAUUCUACAAAUGAUCUUGACAAGAUCAAUACUCUUAACCCCGAUAGCCCACAGAGCCACGAACCUUAUUCUGAUGAGGAAGUUGAACAAAAAGUUCGAGAUGAUGCUAAAAAAGUGAAAGAAACUGAGCUCAAAGCUCAAGAGAAGAAUACAAAGGGAAAAAACUCUGGUUGUAAAACAGCAACAACCAACACAUUAGUUUCACAGUGUCUGCUUUUCUUCCUAAUAGUUUGUUGGCAUUUACAUUAAAAUUUUAGCUUGUUUUUAAACUUGAUGACCUCACUAUUUAUUUCUAUACAUUACUUUCAUAUUCUCAUUGAACUUAUUGUUUUUACACUUUUC